UAAAAUAAUUUUAAUGGCAAGUGAAGUGGUGUUGUGUAUUGUGAUUUAAAACAUUUAAAAAUAAAGUUUUCACCAUAAAAUUCAUACAAAAUGAUGACUUUAGGUCCUAAAAAGGAUGGCGGACCGAACACAAAAUUUUAUGAAUCACCUGAAACGAUAGCAGCAUUUGACAGUGUCCGUCAAUGGUUAAUGAAAACAUGUAAAAAGUAUGUACAAAAUGAUCCACCAACGAAUAAAAGUUUAUCAGCGUUGGUUGUACAAUUGAUACAAUUUCAAGAGGAUAAUUUUGGUAAAAAUGCCACAAAACCAGCAUUGAUUCGUUUACCCGUACGAUGUUUUAUAGAUUUUAAACCUGGUGGAGCACUUUGUCAUAUUUUAGCAACAGUUUUUCGUUUUAAAAGCGAACAGGGAUGGAGACGUUUCGAUUUCCAGGUUGGUAAGAAUCCAUCACGAAUGGAAAAACUCGUAGAAAUGUUUUUAAAUGUUGAGCGCACACUAAUUCACAACAAAUUAAUCACUUUGCCUUGCGUCUACAUACGAUCCGAUGUUGAGAAAAGUACAGCAAAUAAAAUCCGUGAAAUAAUCAAACGUCGUGGCUGUACUCUAGCAGAUAACGAUGAAGAUGCUACCCAUAUUCUACAUCCAAGUGUAGAUCCAUUAGACGAAGAAUAUGGUAGACCUAGUUUACGUCGAGAUAAAAUGGUACUUCUUCAUUGGUACUAUUUCCCCGAUUCACAUGACACAUGGGUACCAGCAGAUACAGUUCCAAUAGAUGCUCCAGAAACUCCUCCGACACAUACUGGUCCAUGGCGUUUAACUGCAUCUUGGGUUAUUGAAUCAGAUCAAUAUAACGAGUGGAUGACCGAAGAAGAUUACGAAGUUGAUGAAAAUGGUGUUAAAAAGGUCCACAAACUACGGCUGUCAGUCGAGGAUUUAAUGAAUCCUAGUAUUGAUGAUAAAAGUAAGAAAAAGCAUAAACGAAAGAAAUCGCCAUCACCGCCACCGAAACCUGGUAAACGAAAAAGUGGACGAAGUCCAGCUGUUGGUGGUGGAGGUAUCACGAGUAGCAGUGUCAGUGGGGGUAAUAGUAAUUCGAAUAGUAGUAACAGCAGUGGAAGUGCUGCUAAGAAACAUCGAGGAGAAGAUAUGGAAUCUGAAGAUCUGACAAAAGACAUGGAAGAACCAGUAUCUGAACCAAAUAUCGUUGAAGUAAAUGUUCCAGCAAAAACUACACCUGGUGUCAACAAGAAAGAUCACGAACUUCAACCGUUAAAAGGUGGUAUGGUCACCGAUAUCGAAGAAAUUGAAGAGAAAUGCGAAAAUUCUCAAACUGGAAAGGUUAGUGAAUCAAGUACCCAAGAAGCACCAACCAUUAAAGAUGAAGGUCAAGAAGAUAACGCCACUGAACAAAUGCAUCAUAUUAUAAUCCCGUCAUACACAGCCUGGUUUGAUUACAACGCGAUUCAUACCGUCGAAAAGCGUGCACUUCCAGAAUUCUUUAACGGAAAGAAUAAAUCUAAAACACCGGAAAUUUAUCUUGCAUAUCGAAAUUUUAUAAUCGAUACGUAUCGAUUAAAUCCAACUGAAUAUAUUACAUCGACAUGCUGUCGACGAAAUUUAGCUGGAGAUGUGUGCGCAAUAAUGCGGGUACAUGCAUUUCUUGAACAAUGGGGUUUAAUUAAUUAUCAAGUUGAUACAGAUUCACGUCCUACUUUGAUGGGACCACCUCCUACGUCUCAUUUCCACGUUUUAGCCGAUAUGCCAUCUGGACUACAACAGGUCAAUCCAAUGAAAACUGUUCAACCUAGUGCGGCGAAAUCGUUGUUAGAUUUGGAUAAGGAACCGGCAAAGAAACCAGAAGUUGAACCCACAACACAAUUCGGUUUGAAAUUAGAUCAAUAUACGAAAAAACCAGCUGCAAUGCGUAAUCGAACUGCAGCCUCAUCGGCGAGAGAUUGGACGGAGCAAGAAACUUUACUUUUACUCGAAGGUUUGGAAAUGUAUAAGGAUGAUUGGAAUAAAGUAUGCGAACAUGUUGGAUCGAGGACACAAGAUGAAUGUAUUUUACAUUUCUUACGUUUACCGAUUGAAGAUCCCUAUUUGGAAGAUUUUGAAUCCGAUGGAGCUCUUGGUCCAUUAGCGUAUCAACCAAUUCCGUUUAGUAAGGCUGGUAAUCCGAUUAUGUCUACGGUAGCAUUCCUAGCAUCUAUUGUGGAUCCUCGUGUAGCUGCCUGUGCAGCAAAAUCCGCUAUGGAAGAAUUUGCAAAUAUUAAAGAUGAAGUUCCAGCUGUUUUGAUGGACGCUCAUUUAAAAAAUGUAGAAGCUUCCACAACCGAUGGUAAAUUUGAUCCAGCCGCCGGAUUAGAAACUAGUGGUAUUGCCGGUACCGAACCGCCAGAACCAGAAGAAGAAGAUAAAAACAAGGAAAAUAGCGAUAAAGAUAAAUCUACUCCAAUGGAAAUUGAUGAACCUACGAAACCAAAAAGUGAAGAAAAGAAACCAGAAGAUGCUAAAACUGAUGAUAGUUUGGCAACCGUCAAAAUGGAAGAUGGUACAGCCAAGAAGGAGACAGCGGAUAAGAAAGUAACAGAAAUGGAUAAAGUACUUAAGGAUGGACAAAUGCAAAGUGCGGCCGCCGCAGCAUUAGCCGCUGCAGCUGUUAAAGCCAAACAUUUAGCUGCGGUCGAAGAACGUAAAAUCAAAUCGUUGGUGGCUUUAUUAGUUGAAACUCAAAUGAAGAAAUUAGAAAUUAAAUUGAGGCAUUUUGAGGAAUUAGAAACAACUAUGGAACGAGAACGUGAAGGUCUUGAAUACCAAAGACAACAAUUAAUUACCGAAAGACAACAAUUCCACUUAGAACAAUUAAAAGCAGCCGAAUUUCGAGCACGGCAACAGGCACAUCAACGGAUAGCAGCCGAACAACAAGGUCACCAAUGGAUGCAACAACCACCAACGACUAACGCUCCCGGUACUAACAGUAUAACCAUGCCACCAACCACAAACGCAUCACCAAAUCCAACAACUGGUGGACCUGGAUCAAACGGACCUGGUGAUAACACAUCAUCAACGCUAACACCUCCAUCCCCACAAGCUGCUGUUGUACCCUCUACACCGUCUACUAUACCAGAAAGUGGAAGUAACCAUGAUUGAAAAUAAUUUAAUUGACUUACCUCCCCUUUUUAGUAUUAGUCGAGUAUUUUCAAUUGUAUUUUUAAAGAAAUAGUAAUCCCCCUUCCCCCUUAAAAAAUAUUUUUUCAUUUUUUAUUUCGUUUUUUGGAAUUAUAUUAUUUUUUAAAACAAAAUUUUGUUUGUCACACGUAAGGUCAAAUUGUACUUCGGUUUAAAUCGGUAUGAAAUUGUAGUAAGUUGGUCAGCAAAAUAAAAAGGUGAUUCAAUUCAAUUUGGGGCCGAACAUACGGCUGCAUUAACGAUUUUCUACAAUCGCCUCUGUCUAACGUCGCGUUUCGCAUUAUCCAAAGUGAGCCUUAUUUUUAUAUUGUAUCUUUUUUUGCCGAAUUUAUCCUAUAAUUAAGUUUAAUUCAAAUAUCUCGUGAAUUAUUAGAUAAAUCGUUCAUUAUUUUCGAAUUUUCUUGACCUAAAAUAACGAAUUUUAUCCAUUCACGAACUCGAAAUCAUUUUUACGUUCUAGUGAAAAUGGUUUACUACAGAAUGGCGAUUAACCAUUAAAACGUGGAAAUAUCAGGGAAAUUCUAAAAAUACCAGCGAAUUUAAGUUUCAAUCAAGAAAAGGGUAAAGAUCCUUUUUGAAUUUGGACUUUAAAGGCUUUUAAGUAAUUUAAUUCAAUUAAUCAAUCCAAUUAAGUAAU